AGCAAUAAGCCUAUUUAAGUAAUUUCAAUACGCAUCGCUACGUCUGCACAUUGAAAAUUUGUUUAACGAGUGUCCACCACCGGCCACUCCACCGCCGGUGAAGCUCCUCUCAACUGGGUUCGCUAUCCCUCUCUCUAUCCCGUCGCUCCUAAAUUUCUUUUUCUACUAAAAAGUUAAAAAAAAAAAAAAACCUAUCAAAUCUCAAAAACCAAAUCUAUUCCUUAUCUCUCACGCCCAGAUCCUAGAUUGUUGAAUUUGGUGUUGAUUGUACUGCGUGAGCAUAUGAUAAAUGCGUAGGAAUGGCGCAGUACAGGCAGUCCGGUCACCAUUACUCAAACGGCACGUCGGAUCAUGUCUCCAUUGGGAUUCGUUCUCCGCCUUCGCAGCAGCAGUACAAGCCGGUAAGGGUUCGCCGAUCGGCUCGAUCUGAUAAGAGCCGAGCUGCUGCUUUCUCGAUCGGAGCGGUCAUUGUGGUUUUGUGUAUUGUGCUUGGUGUAACUGUUUUAGCUUACUAUUACCUUUCGGUCGAUGAUAAAGAAAUAAAUGCUCAUAAUGUUGAAGAUGAUGCGAUGAAGAAUGAUCUUGAUUUUCUCACAAAUGUUACACGAACAGACAAUUUUAGAGUCCUUGGGUUUGGCCAAGGUUCAGUGGGACAUGGACGGGAUUCUAGGUAUUGGGAUAGGGAUGAUAGGAGAAGGGAUGGAGAUUAUAAUGAGGAUGAUGUGGACCAUGACAGUGAGGGAGCUAGGGAUGAAUCUGCUGAAAAGGACCAUGAUCCAAUGGAAGUGAGAGGUGGAAAGGAAAAGAUUUCUCAAGAUGAUCCCUUGAAGGGUCUAGACCAAAGAGGAGUUGCGUUGUACAAUGAAGAUGGGCGUGAUGAACUAAAAAAAUAUGAAGCAGAGUAUGAGGCCUCUCUAAAGAAUACUGGCCAAUCAAGAAAGGAAUAUGACAUUAAAAAUCGGGUACUUGAUGAUGAGGAUCAUGCAGAGCGGAAUGAGCUAGUGGAUACUGAUAAUGAGUAUGAUGAUGGUAUCGAUUCUCAUGAUCCUCAUAUGGAGGAAUAUGGCGAUUCUGAAAAUGAAAGUAGGGACCACACUGCUCUAGGAAUAUCCCAUGACAAAGAUGGUCGAGAGUCCUCUAAUUUCCAUGACGCUGAAACUAAGGAUCAAAGUAUUGCCAAGGACAAUCAGGAAGUCUCUGAGAAUAUGUCAGAGAAGUCUUUGAGUUCCAGAGCUCUGGAUAAUGUCGACACUAAGUCUCAACAUGUUCGUACCAGUGGCAGUCAAUCUAUUACUAAAUCAAAGUCAGAUUCAAAAAGAAAAGCAAGGCGCAGGAAAUUUUCUGGGUCUUGUGAGAUGAAGUUUCUAAAUUCUACUUCACAGCUUGUGGAGCCUUUUGAAAGUCAUAAAUUUUCAAGAUUUUCCUUGCAGUAUGUGGAAGUGGAGGAGAGGCCCAAUGUGGAAGAACAAUGGGAGCCCAGAUUUGCUGGUCAUCAGAGCUUUCAAGAACGGGAAGAAUCAUUUUUGGUUCAUGAUCAAAAAAUAAAUUGUGGCUUUGUUAAAGGUCCCGAAGGAUCCCCAAGUACUGGAUUUGAUUUGGCAGAAGAUGAUGCAAAUUAUAUCAGUAGAUGCCACAUUGCUGUGAUCUCUUGUAUCUUUGGAAAUUCAGAUCGCUUGAGGUCACCUGCUAGUAAAAUGGUCUCUCGUUUGUCAAAGAAAAAUGUCUGCUUUGUAAUGUUUGUGGAUGAAGUUACUUUUCAAACACUUUCUUCAGAAGGCCAAAUGCCAGAUAGAGCAGGUUUUAUUGGUUUAUGGAAGAUUGUGGUGGUGAAGAAUCUUCCAUAUACUGAUAUGCGGAGAGUGGGCAAAAUACCAAAAUUGUUGCCACACCGGCUUUUCCCUUCUGCUAGGUAUUCAAUCUGGUUGGAUAGCAAAUUACGUCUUCAACUUGACCCUUUGCUCGUUCUGGAAUAUUUUCUGUGGCGUAAAGGUCAUGAAUUUGCCAUCUCUAAUCACUAUGAUCGCCAUUGCCUGUGGGAAGAAGUUGCACAGAACAAGAGAUUGAACAAGUACAAUCAUACUGUUAUAGAUCAGCAAUUUACUUUCUACCAGGCUGAUGGACUGAAAAGAUUCAAUGCCUCUGAUCCAAACAAGCUUCUUCCCAGCAAUGUACCUGAAGGAUCUUUAAUUGUAAGAGCGCACACUCCCUUGUCAAACCUGUUCUCAUGUCUUUGGUUCAAUGAGGUUGAUCGCUUCACUCCUCGUGAUCAACUUAGUUUCGCAUAUACAUACCAGAAGUUGAGAAGUAUGAAUCUGGGCAAACCAUUUUAUCUAAACAUGUUCAAGGAUUGCGAGAGAAGAGCCGUAGCAAAGUUGUUUCGUCACAGGUCAGCUGAGAAGCGAAAUGCUCUUCAUCAACAUCAACAAGCAACAGAAUAAAAUGCAAGAGGCAUUCAUGUUUUUUGAAGCCUAUUUCUGUACAUUAUUCUUUACCACACAAAAGAUUUAGUGCCUGCUGAUGGUUUAGUGCCCCAGAAUGCUAUACUGGUAGCUGACGACACACUUCAAAUCUUGCAAUUUAAAUGUGAAGGAAAUGCAUAUUGGAUGCAAGACUCUAGUUAUUCGUUGGGGCGAGGAAUUCCUUUCGACUUCAUUAAAAUACAUAAUCUCUGUGGAAAAGUAACUAGUAAUAUAACUGAAAGCUUCUUCAUUGUACCCAAUUCCAUUCUCUAUUCUUUGUUCCAUUGAGGCCAGCCAUGCACUUAAUGCCUUUUGUACCAUUACUUCCAGUAGAACUACAGAUUUUAAUGUUCCCCCCAGCCCACCAUCUUGAGUUCUAUUAAUUUUUCCUCAAGGGUUGGAUAUCAACAUUGGUUGUUCUGUAACAAAUUUUGAUUUGUAAAACGCAUAUAUGAUAUCAUUCUUGGCAAAUUUGAAUCUGAA